AUGCAGCAAGACAUCAUGGCUUGGUUCAUGGAACUGACGGCCUGGGUGGCGCCCUUCUUCAUCGUCAUGUCGCCCGUCCUGUCGUACAGUGACCAGAUCAUUUCCAUGUACCGGAGCAAGACGAGCGCUGGCUUCUCCCUUGAUAUCCCCCUCAUUAUGCUCGUCGCGUCCCUGCUGAGGAUCUUUUACUGGCCCCAUGCCCAAUACGAUACGAGCCUCCUCCUGCAGUCGCUGCUCAUGAUUAUUGUCCAAGUCGUCCUGCUCAAGGUUGCGCUCGACUACCGCCCGCCCCCGCCCACCAAGGGCGGAGAGGCCGGUCUCCCAUUUGCCGGCGGGGACGACACUCUAUUUGGCUUCCAGCGUCCUUAUAACUUUUGGCAGUGGCGAUCACCUAGAAGGUACUGGCACGCCAUCAUGUACUUCGCUGGUGCCCUCUUCGUUCUCGAGUUGCUCCUCUCUCAGAUCCCCGGACUCUACGGUGCUUAUGCAAACGCCAUUGGAUGUAUUGGACUCGGUGUGGAGGCGACACUUCCCAUCCCUCAGAUUCUGGUCAACUACCGAUCCAAGUCGUCAGCUGGCCUGCGACUGUCGGUCUUGGCCGCGUGGAUCGGCGGCGACACGAUGAAGCUGUUCUGGUUCUUUACGGCAAAGACGGCGAUCCCGUGGUCAUUCAAGAUCUCUGGCAUGUUCCAGGCUUCGUGCGACUUCUUCCUCGGGUUCCAGUACCUCUUGUACAACAGCCGCGAGGUGCAGACGGCAGUCAAGGAGCACCCGAUGAAGGAGUGGACGACGCGAAGCCACAGCAGGAGCCUCACCCCUACGCGACACGCGGGGCCUUUCAUGGAAGCGGAGCAGACCGAGUAG